CCAAGCCGUGGUUCUGCCAUAAUCUUGAACCAGAGAGAAUCUAUUACACGACAGUCAGCCGGUUCUUGAUGACCUGAAUAUAAAAAGGGCUGACUUUGAAUUCUUGUCUGUAUCAGUCGCCCCGCUGGAUAUCGAUGGAGUCCAUGUGAUAGAACAGCACUAUCAGCCGGGUCCAACUACUCUUUCAAACGCCUACCAGGAUAAUAUAAUAUGCCUAUCCUUCCUAACGAGAUGGGCCGUCCCUCUGGUCGCCUACCACCGAUCGAUCUUAAACGCUGGUACCCAGAUCCUGACGCAGACCUCACAGUUCAAAUAAUGGUCACUCGCAUUCCUAUCGUGGCCGAUCUACGAGAUCUUCACUGGAAACUCUUUUGGGUGGUAAAGACGGAAGAGAAAGGUGGCGUAAAGCACGUCUACCGUCGACUCUUGGAGGUCGUCCAGGAGAUUGGGUAUAACUACCUUACCAACUGGGGCGCCAUCACCCAGGUGGAGACGCAUAAUAGUCAUAGGAACAAGCCUCGAAAGGCCGUCACUACGAUGAGUCUCUCCCAGCGACAAGAGCUGGAGAGAAUUGCAGCGGGGGUUAGGGUGGAGGAGCCCAAUGGGGAGUGGAACUGCCAAGAUUGGAUAAUCACUGUCCUGAAGAAGGCGGAGCAGGCGGGUCUUGUUACGAAUAAUGAAUGGACCGCCGCCGUUGCCUGGGCAAGGAAGGGAGGUGAAGAGUAAUGUUUUUAGUUUUUUUAGAUACUUUGGACGAUUUUUUUUUCAAAUGUUUGUGAACACGAUGCUUACGAAAAUGCCAUUUUAUUUUUUCACACAAAGCACUGAACUCAACGAAAGGUUCGCCUUCCCAAGAAGGCCUAUACAUCGAGAAUCAAAACGCCACGCAGACC